UAUCAGUCUCCGUAUACACGUCAGAGGACGGGCGGAUAUGAUUGGCCACUUCAGUCUUUGCCAAAAGCAAAUCGUCCAGGGAGCGUUCAGACUGCAGUCAAGAUGAGCCUCAGAAAGCAGACACCCAGCGACUUCUUGAAGCAGAUCAUUGGGAGACCUGUGGUGGUCAAACUGAACUCUGGUGUCGAUUACAGAGGUGUCCUGGCCUGCCUGGACGGCUACAUGAACAUUGCAAUAGAGCAGACAGAGGAGUAUGUCAAUGGUCAGCUCAAGAACAAGUAUGGCGAUGCUUUUCUAAGAGGAAACAAUGUACUUUACAUCAGCACCCAGAAGAGGAAAGUGUAAGAAGAUAAUUUUCUUUUUUUUUCUUUCUUUUUUUUUAAAUUUGUGGUUGAUUUGUCAGUUAAUAACUGACAAGGUUUUUGUUUGUGCAUUGCCUCCAAUCCUGGCAGAUGUUUGGUUUUGUAAAAGUGGAAUAAUUUAAUAAAAUCUGUUUUUUGAAGUUUGA